AUGGGAGAGAGGAAAUCGUCCAACAGACUCAGACUCAGACCUUCAGGGUGAAUUCAGCCAGUCCCUCUGACAGUGGACUGUACAGCUGUGAAGCCACCAAUGACAUUGGAAGUGGAAAGUCACAGCCAGCUGAGGUUAAAGUCAGAUACCCGCCCACUGAACCUAUACUGUCUAUGAGGUCUGAGGUCACAGAAGGUCAGACCAUCACCGUCAACUGCACUGCUGAAAGUUUCCCACAGUCAACUCUCACCUUGAUGAGGAUCAACACAAAUCAUCCGUCUUUAAAAAUCACUGAAAAUAAUCUUUAUUCACGACCCAUCAACUCUCUCUCCCACAAUAUUAACGUGACUUCAGCCGACGCUGUCUUGUACUUCUGCCGUGCCCACAACAGUGAGGGCUCAAAGGACAGCAAGAAGAAGAAGUUGGUGGUGAAAUACAGUCCCACACAUGUGACAGUUCAAGCCAAUCCUGGUCUUGAUGUGAAGGAAAAUGUGUUGUUCACACUGAGCUGUACUGCCGAGUCCAACCCACCAGUGAGCUCUGUCACCUGGAGGAAGACGACUGAUGGGAGAGAGGAAAUCGUCCAACAGACUCAGACUCAGACCUUCAUGGUGAAUUCAGCCAGUCCCUCUGACAGUGGACUGUACAGCUGUGAAGCCACCAAUGACAUUGGAAGUGGAAAGUCACAGCGAGCUGAGGUUAAAGUCAGAUUUUCUCCAAAACACACAAACAUCAUGGAGUCGGCAGAGAAGCAGGAGCUUGACGGGAGGAGCUCCGUGAUGCUGAGCUGCAUCAGUCACAGCUUUCCCCCAGUCCACCUCUACUCAUGGUACAGGAAGAGUCAGGGCGAGGAAAAGGAUAAGCUUGUGUCCGAGCAUCAAAACCACACAGUGUACUCAAACCAGUCAGGAGUCUACUACUGCGUCGCACAAAAUGAAGUAAACCAAAGUUUGUCUGAUCCCGUCCGUCUGUUUGAACGAAACUAUCAGCACAUCCCGAAGUUCCUCGUUCCUGCUCUAUUUGUCCUGAUGAUUAUCAUUUUAAUCGUCGUAGUUUUAAGAUACAGGAGGAAAAAAUCUAUUCAACAAGGAACAACAAACACCAAAUCCUCUUCUGGUUUUUCGGGUUGGUGUAAUGGUACCAGGAGGAGGAGUCUGACGUAUGAGAAUGUCUCUGCGGAGCCUAUCAGGAGCAGAGACGACCUCUUGUCAGAGCAGUUGAGGCGUCCAGGGGCCCAACGACGCCAGCCUCUUCCAGACAGCACGCCUCCGACCGACAUCAACGUUGUUUACAGCAUUUUGAAUCUGCCCCAGGUGAGUCCCGGGUUGAGACAACACUUUAAACAAGAAAACAACAAGUUAAAACAAUCAUAUAUGGAGACUUUAGUGAAACUCAAGAAGAUUUAUAUUAAAAAGAGUUUAAUUCAAAGUGUCUGGGUGUAA